GCCUCUCCUUGAAGGAUGAAUAAAUAGGUAGCUGUAAAGACAACCUGUCCACAGUCAGGCUGAAGUGAAAACUAGACCCAGGUCCUGCUCAUCUGUAGUUGGAGACCCAGUUCUGGUGGCAUGGAGAGGACCCUUAUCUGUCUGAUAGUCAUCUUCUUGGGGACAGUGGCCCAUAAAACAAGCCCCCAAGGGCCAGAUCGCCUCCUGAUUAGACUUCGUCAUCUUAUAGACAGUGUUGAACAGCUGAAAAUUUAUGUGAAUGAUUUGGACCCUGAACUUCUGCCAGCUCCACAAGAUGUAAAGGAGCAUUGUGAACGCUCAGCUUUUGCCUGUUUUCAGAAGGCCAAACUCAAGUCAGCAAACACAGGAAACAACAAAACCAUCAUCAAUGACUUAGUCUCACAGCUGAAGAGGAGGCUGCCUACCACGAAGGUGACGAGAAGGCAGAAGAAGAGCAUAAAAUGCCCGUCCUGUGAUUCUUAUGAGAAAAAAACACCCCAGGAAUUCCUUGAGAGACUAAAAUGGCUCCUUCAAAAGAUGAUUCAUCAGCACCUUUCAUAGAACACACAGGACCUGAAGGUUCUCAAGGGCCCCGAGGAGACACUGGACACUAUAGACACUCACGAACACAGGAGUGCACCUUGCUUCCUGGGAUUGUGAGUGGAGAAGUACAAUAUAUUACGAUAGGAACGACUCGUAAAAGCUGCAGGCUAAGAUCCUUUGCCAAAUUACUACGCAGAUCUUGCAGUUCACUGAUAGACUCCAUGCUGCCAGCACGGAAAAAAAUCUCUCCUCAGAGAGCUCAGUUUCCCGAGUCAUGGAUUUCUGUGACUUCUCAAGUUGUGACUCUUCGUCUUAUUGCCCAACUGGGACAUGCUUUGGUUGGAAGGGGAAAACUAAAGAUUUUAACUAGAAAUAGAGCUAGAGAAUUUGUUGGUCUGCAAGAGUAAGACCCUUUGUGAGCAUAACUGAAUUAUGUAAGCUGAAAAUACAGACGCAGGAGAUGAAAUCAGAAAUUGAAGUCUUUAUUCUUUGAGGAAAACUCGGUACAGAAAGCAUGUCUCAAGGGCUUGCUCCUUCCAAAUGAACAUUCAGCAUACAGCUAUCUACUCUAUUUAUG